AUGAACUCUGCCUUGUUGGCCGCAGAUCGGCAGUUCCAGAGGCUACCGGAGACCUGGAACUCCGCGUGGAGGUCGUGUCGCUGGGACCACCAGAUUAGGGUGGCGCGGCCAUGCGGUGUGGAAGCGUUUGUAUGUUACAAUGAUAUCAACCAGGUGCGUGAUUGUCGUCUGGUGAGUCUGCUGGAUCUCGCCCUAGAGAAAAACUACGUCAGAGAAAAGGUGGCCGACUACAUGAACAAGCUGAUCGACAUGGGAGUGGCCGGGUUCAGAGUGGACGCCAGUAAACACAUGUGGCCCGGCGACCUUGCUGUCAUCUACGGAAGUCUGCACAACCUCAACACCCGCUGGUUCAACGGGGGAUCCAGACCCUUCCUGUUCCAGGAGGUAAUUAUGUAACUCCUUGUUUUUCUAGUA